UUGACUUGGUCUGUUGAUUGAUGUUGGUUUGAUAGAGAGGUUUGGAAAACAUUGACGUUGCCGAGAGACUGACAACUAUGGCACUAUCUGUUAGCAUGGAUCGACGACUCAGGAUGCAGGAAGAGGUGGAGGGGGCGAAGGUUGCCGAGUGUACAUUUGCGCCGCAGAUAAACGCUAACACGGACAGGAUCAUGCAAGAGUCCCAGCGGUUCCUAGGACAGAGAAAGCAGUUCUUGAAGCGGCAGCAGGAGUUUCUCGAGCAGAAGCGGCAGAAAAAAGAGCUGCUACAGUGCAACUUGUCUGCCGACUUGACAUUCACUCCCGACACAGGGAAUGCAGAACAGAUCCUGCUUCAGUCCAGGCACUAUCGAAAUAUAGGCGAGAGCUUGUUCGAGAAAGCGGAACGGCUUUCACUUGGCGAUGCGAGACAGAAGGAAGCUAUCCGUCAACGCAUGGAGAACGACUAUUACUCUCAGUUUACUUUUCAGCCGAGUAUUAACGAGAUUUCCAGACUGGUCGGUCGGCAGCCGUCAUUUGAGCUACUCCAUAAGGUGCUGGGCAAUACCAAUCAGCCACAUCUAUCCGACCCCUAUCCUCCACUGAAGCACAAGGAGGAUCCCCAUAUGAGUCUUGGCGAGGGGGAGAGCGACCCUGAUCGCUGUGUUGAUAAAGUCAACCACCGAGAUGCCGCCGUCGUCGCCGUAGUUAUGGUUGUCGCCGCCGUCGUCAUCGUCGCUGCUCCCUCGGCUGUGGCCGCCGUCAUCGUCGCCGUGGUUAUGGAUGUUAUGGAUGUGGCCGCCAUGCUCAUCAUCGUAGUUGUGGCCACCAUCGUCGUUGGCGUCGUUGUUAUUGUUGUUGUUGUUGUUGUUGUUGUUGUUGUUGUUGUUGUCAUGGUUACUGACAAUGCUGUCGUUGAGGAGGGGGGAGAUGACAAACCCCAUUUGCGUUCCAACUUGCUGGCCGCCGCCGUCGUUGUCAUCGCCAUUGUUGUUGUUGUUGUUGCUGCUGUUAUUGUUGUUGUUGCUGUUGUUGUUGACAAUGUUGUCAUCGUCGACUUUAUCAUUAGAGGCCCCGCCUCUUUCCUUCCUGUUCUUCGCGUUUUCGGUCACGAAAUCAUGAAGACGGCGACUCUCUAUGGGCUCGUCGCGGCCAUGGCGGUCGUCCUUCUUGCUUCCGCUGUCGGUUGUUCGGCGAGGAAGUUCGAGUUCGAAGCCGUGUUUAACCCGAGUAAUCUACCAAGCGACAGUGCCGGCAGCAGCGUGAACAGCAGAGCGUUCAUCCCACGUGCUAAGAUGGCUUUGAAGGAGAAGGUGUCUGAUGAUAGUGGGUGUGAAGCGGAAUGCCGCGUCGAGGCUUUCAUGUGCAAGGCUCGCGUGCUGUUCUUGAAGGGGACAGCUGUCAAUCCGACUCCAGCGCAAGUGCAAGUUUGGGAAGAGGACAUCGAAAGAUGUCGUGUUAGGGAUUGCAGGGUCACGAUGACGGCGCGCUGGUCGGCGACCGCCUAUUGCCAUCAGCCUCAAAAAGGUGAUGGUGAGGUAUUGAGAGCAAAUGAUGUCGAUCUGAGGAAUACACGGGAUGAUAUUCACAGUUCAGGGGGAGAUGAUGAUGAUAAUGAGGAUGAUGAUGAUGAUGAUGAUGAUGAUCAUAAUGAUCAUGUUAAUGAUGAUGAUGAUGAUGAUGAUGAUGAUGAUGGUGAUAUCAAUGGUUGGAAUCUUUGGUAUCAGAAGACUGGGGAUAAUGAUAAUGAAGCGGAUAAUGAAUCAUUGGAACCGUUGGAAUGGCCUCAAAAUGGUGACGAUGAUGGUGAUGAUGGUGGUGAUGAUGAUGAUGAUAUAAAUUGUUGGAAUCAGAAGACUGGGGAUGAAGAAAGGGAAGAUGAUAGUGCAGGUCUGGUUGGUACAGUCUAUUGGGACAAGAAGAGAAGUGAAGACAAGGAGUGUGGAUUCCAAGGUGCCAACGACAUGAAAGGCAUUGAGCAGAAGGAGGGCGAAGACAACAGUGUUGAAAAAGCUCAUAAAUAUUAAAUAAUAAUGAAGGAACAGAAAAUCCAGAAUUAUGCCGACUCGCGCCCACAGUCGAGUGUGCAAAUCAAGGAAAUAAUAAUGGAAUUCUGGAACCAGGAAAAAUCAUUUUAAAAAAUCGUUAACCAAGGAACGGGAAAAAAACAAGGAAUAAAUUUAAAGCAAACGAAAAAGCAAGGAUCUCUGUCUUCGGACGUGCAAAUCAGUCAAAGAUAAUGGACUAUGGACCUACCCCCCCCCUUCCCCCCCCCCAAAAAAAAGGCGCUCGACGAGUGACGAAAACAAAAAAGCAAAAGCAAA